UAAAGAAUCGAACGAAUCCUAAACGUAUUUCGGAUUGCAUGUUUUGUCAUGCAUAACACCUUAAGAACAGACACUGGAAGUUGUAACUUUAUUGUUAUUAGCAUUGGAUUAAAGUUGCCAUUGAGAUAAGCGUGUCGUUUAUACUAAUUUGAUCGUUUUAUGACUCCUGUCAAAGCUUAAAUAAUGGCAUUAAUCUAUUCUACAGCACAGUUUUCAGCUGCAAUCGAUAUUUUAAUUAUCCAUAUCCAAACACAACGUGGUCUGGUGCCCAGCUUCUAUUGUAAACAAAUAGAAGUCUGGCAUGAGCGGAAUAAUGGCCGACGCGAUGAUAAUAAUGGAUCAUACUUAUAUAAAAGGGGAGAGAGUGUCUGGGUUUCAAGUGAUCGGGAGUAGGUCUGGCCCAGAUCACAUAUACAGUUCCUGUGCCCCCAAAGACUCAAGUACCCCUCCGAAACGAGGAAGCAAGAGGGCAGUGUCAACUCCCACAGGACAAACACCUACACAUGAACAUAAAAGGAUUGAACUGGAUGAAAAAACCAGACACAAUAAAUGGUCCCUUGAUGAGACAUCCUUUCUGAGAGAAUACAGUCAGACAUUACGAAAAGAUGGCGAGUCAGAAAACAGUUUCUGGAACAACUGCGCAAUUGCAAUGAACAACAUGUUUGGUGGAAAAAACAGAACAGGGAAGUCCUGCAAGAUGGCAGCCUGGCGGUUAAAUCUUUCUGGUACAUGUAACAGCACCAUGUGUACUUCUGUUAAUGAAGACUUUGUGGAUUUUACGCCGCUGUCAGAGACAAAAGGAAACAAUGUGGGAACCCAGACUGAUUUGUCUUUUAAUAAUAAGCAAAGGUCUAACAAACAAGACUGGGUUUUUUUGAACCACGGAAAAAUCUGCAGGGGACAACGAAUGUGUGUGCUGAAACAGUAAAUACGGCCGCACUAAGACGUUUAAGGACCUACUCUGAGCUAAAAGAGUUUGAGAUACAGGAGAUCAUACAAAAAAUAAGUUCCAGCUCUCCAAGAGAAGUAGCAGGGCAUAUAUUGUCUUCUCCAUUGAGAGGAAGUAUCAUUGUUGAACUUUUAAAUGAAAUUGAAUAUGCAGCAAAAGAAUGCUGCAAAAAUGACAGUGUUUUGGCCCAAAAGGAUUUCUGUGACCUGGCUGAAUUUAAAUGGCAUGAACUCAUUGAUGAAUUAUUAGAGCAACAGCCAUUGCUAGCUGAUGUUCUCUUGGCUGUGUCUCUACCAACUUCUAAGAUAGGGAAUACAAAAUCUGUUCAGAGCCUUAUACCGGUCAUAUCUACUGUGUUUGGAAUGUUGAUGAAAACACGAUACCAGGAGUUGUCGUUAGUUCAAAAGAUGAUCGCAAUGACUUUAGCUAAUGAACAAACAAGCCAAAAAAUGUGGCACUUUGGACGAGUGUGAGAACGACUGGUGACACAGCACAAGUUAUGAUCCAGACUGUCAGGACUACAAACCAAACGAGAAUACGAUGAAGGACAUCCACUGUUCCUACUGCUGCACCACGGACAACUGUAACAGGGAUAUCAAGACUGAUCAAAACACCCUCUACACGCAUCCCAAAAAAUAGACGAAAUAGACGGACAGGGUUUCACAUACAGAUAUCCGGAUGCGAUUGAAUGUAGAAACUGCAAUAAAGGGAAGAACAAAUAUGCCGUUGUUUACAGUAGUGAUAUUAAAAGCGUUAUAUCAAUAAGUAUUUAGCACACACAAAUAAUCUAUAUAAAAAAGAAUGUUAUAAGAAUGUUAUUCAUUUAAUGACAAUAAAGAUUCAAGUCCAGCUUUGUCAAUCUGUUGACCCGCAAAUCAUUCAACAGACCUUUUAUUAUAGUUUUUACUUAUAAUUCAAAUUUUUAAAAUUGUGAAUUGGGAGGUUAUUGUGUCAAACGUAAAAGUGACAGGGGUUGUAACAUAAAAUGCCUUCAUUUUUUCUUUUCCGCAUCAUAUCGAUGUGGUUACGAUUUUGAUAAUUGGUAUGAGGGUUAUUUGGGAGGAGAAGGCCUAUCGAUCUUGCAAUCAACAGAUCAAAGGUCAAGGUCACAAGGGUGUGUUAUAUCAAUGUGUUUACACACACUGUCUUGAGAUUUUUUAACUGAUGGUCAUAAUACACUAUAUGGUUAAUUGAGAGAAAAAAAAGACACCAAAGGAGUUUGAAGUCAACAUUUGUUUAUGCAUUAUAUCUGGAGAACGCUUCGAAGUAAUAUAAUGAAGAUAAGCCUGAUGUUUAUUUAGAUGCAUUAUAUGCCGCCUAAUGAUUUUUAGGUGACAGGUCAGGGUCAAAAAUGACUUCAAACAUGAAAUUUGUUUCGCAUGAUAUCGUAGCUUUUAACAAGAUCAUGAACAAUUAUAUGAUGGGUAAUUUGAAGAAAACCAAGACGCCAUUUCAGUUUGAGGUCAACAAAUCAAAGAUAGGGUCACACUGGCUUAUAAAUGACUUCGUAAUGUUUCAUUUUCACAUCCGAUAUCUAGUGAACUCAUGGAUAAUAAAAAUAGUUUGAUUAUGUAUAUGACUUAUAUUGUAGUGUAUUCUAUCUCUAUACUUUUUAUAUACUGCACUCAUAAAAUUGUAAUUCUUUCUCUUGGUUUUGAUAUUACAAAGCAAUAUCGCAUCGAAAACAUGCAGAUUUCAUAUUUGUAAGAUACAAAUGUUUAUUGUGAACUUAAAUGUCAAAAGCCUUCCCCAUCUAGCUCAGUUGAUAAAGCACUAGUAGUAAAUUAAUGUCCAGGGGACCGUUUCAAUAAAUAUCGUUGUACACAUUUACGAUACGAUACAUUUUUCAAGGAUUCAUAAUUGCUAAAGCCCAUAUCAUAUGAUUAAAAAUUUUCAGUACUUAAUUAAUUGCAUUGGCAUCUCAAGCGCCGUUCAUAUUUGACGAGCAUGGCGAGCUAGUUCGUCUACUUAUUAAGAUUACAACAUUGUCUCGUAAGUAAAAAUUGUCGUACGAUCUUUUAUGAAACGGCCCCCUGGAUGUUUAUUGUUCUGAUUAUUUUAAAGACUUAACCAAAUUAAGUCAUCGUGACAAUACGCCCUAGACUUUUGAAAAAGAUGAUAUAAUUAUUUGCCAGACACAAUCGCUUUAUUUGUGAUCUUACAAAUGGGCACAGGUUUCCAGUGUUCACCGUCGCUGGACUGUUUUUUCCUGGUCGGUCAGUUCACAUUAAGAAAUAUGUAUCCAUGUUUUCCAUAAAUUACAUAGAGGAUAUUUGUUGGAUUCGGUGGAUUAUCGAUUUUAAUUCACGAGUGAUCAUAGAAAAUAAAAUUUUCACGAGUGGCGCAGCCACGAGUGAAAAUAUAUAUUUUCUAUGAUCACGAAUCCAACGAAUCCAACUAAUUUUUUUUUUAUUUUAUGCUUUUUUCACAGUUUAUAUGC